UUGCGCAACGGGAUGAAUAGUUGAGCUGUCACACGCAUGAACAAGAGUUGCGGAGGUUGUGCGCUCUUUACAGACAACAAACCCUCGUUUUGUAUGUUAAUAACCGUCUAAUAAUGACUCGCAAAGUAUAGGUACUGUAACGGGAUCUGACGUCGUGGAGACUUUUCUCAACUCUAGUCCGCUCAGCUUUUCCAGCUCAUUUACCGGAGCAGAUCUGAAGAUAUGGAAUUUAUAACAAAACGAACAAAGCUAUGGUUAUAUAACUAAACGGACCAGAGCCUCUCAGUUUGUUUGUUUGUUUGUUAGGUUUUUUGGGCUUCUCAACCGCAGGAUUUCUGGAACCUCAAGGAGCUCCAGGAUGGUGAACAGCCAGGCCUCCAGCCUGCCUCCCAGCUCCAGGGUGUGUGCUGGCUGCGGGGGAAAGAUCUCGGAGCGCUUCCUGCUCUUCUCCAUGGAUCGCUACUGGCACACGCGCUGCCUCAAGUGCUCGUGCUGCCAGGCCCAUCUGGGGGACAUCGGUUCCUCCUGCUACUCCAAGGGGGGCAUGAUCCUCUGCCGCAGCGACUACCUCAGAUUGUUUGGUCACAGCGGGGCUUGUGGCGCGUGCGGACAGUCCAUCCCGGCCAAUGAGAUGGUGAUGCGGGCACAGGGGGACGUGUUCCACCUCAAGUGUUUCAGCUGUGCAACGUGUCGGAACCGGCUGGUACCGGGGGACCGCUUCCACUACGUCGAUGGAACCAUCUUCUGUGAACACGACCGGCCCGGUAACACUCUGGUCGCUAACCACGAUCGCCCCGGCAACGCACACCUUGGGAACCUUCACCACGAUCGGCCCGGCAACGGCCUCCUCGGCAACCGCCACCACCACGAUCGCCCCGGCAACGGUCUCAUCGGGACCCACCUGCCCCAGCUUCAGAGCAGCUCGGUGCUGACGGACCAGAAGGUUUGUUGAGUGGCACGGGGAACGGCUUGGACACAAAACCGGAAGCGCUUGUUGUGGUCAUGGACUCUCAUCUUCACUCAACUCCGACCUUACCAACCAGAUGGACCACCCUUCAUUUUUUACGACCCCCUUUUGUGCUUGUAGUAGACGUGAAGGAGGGUGUGUUGCUGUGUGUGGACUACAGUCAGAUACGGAUGUUGGGGAGCAACGCAACAUGGGGGCAGACGGACAAGACAACCCAUGAACAUGAACAGACCAAGAAAAAGACUUAUAACUGAAAAAUAUGGCUAGCCAUAAUAGCCAUUCUUGAUCUCCAACUCUCCUGAUCUACAAUGUUGUAUGACUUAUAUUGUAAAUGGUAACCCCUUUUUCAAACAAAUCUAGACAUAUACACACACAUAAACACGCACACACAUACAUCCAAACACAUACAGUAUAUGUGACAUGAGGAUGUCAAAUAUGAACGAUUGUUUUUUAUGGUAUUUCACACUGUUCUGUAUUCCUGUGUGUGUUUGUGUGAAUGUAAGAGGGAGAGAGAGAGAGAGAGAGAGAGAGAGAGAGAGAGAGAGAGAGAGAGAGAGAGAGAGAGAGAGAGAGAGAGAGAGAGAGAAUCAUGUACAGUGAAAAAUAUCCUAUUAAAAAGAUUUUACUGCAA